UUUUAUUUGUUCAUUUUUAGUGAAAACCUUUAUUUAGCUAUUUUUGUUAUUUUUAUUCAAAAUUGUUCUAAGCAACUUUUUAAAAAUUUUUUAGUUCAAAAUUGAAUCAAUAAGAGAAAAAUCAAUGAAUUUAGAAACAAUGUCAAAACCUCACGUUUCAUUAUUCUGAGACUGUUACCCUGAUUGAACGGCAGGCUGGAGGCCAACGUCGAAAUUUAUUACUUUUAAAAACAUAAAUCGUUGAUAACACUAACAAAAAAUAUGGUAUAUUAUUUUCAGAGUACAGUCGUUUCACCACCUGUCACCUUAUUUAUGGGAUUUGACAAAUACGAAAAUGAAGAACUACUUAAAUGGGGCUGGCCAGAAGAUGUUUGGUUUCAUGUGGAUAAAGUGUCAUCGGCUCAUGUUUACCUAAGGCUUCGAGAGGGUCAAACUAUUGAUGAUAUUCCAUCGGCAGUAUUGGAUGAUGCUGCACAGCUUGUUAAGGCCAAUAGCAUCACAGGGAAUAAAAUGAACGAUGUUGAUGUUAUUUACACAAUGUGGUCAAACCUCAAAAAAACACCAGCCAUGGAGCCAGGCCAGGUUGCUUACCACAAGGAAAAAGAAGUUAGAAAAAUUCGUGUAGCCAAACGUUUAAAUGAAGUUGUUAAACGCCUUAACAAAACCAAGCGAGAGGAACACCCUAAUUUCAGAGCAGAAAGAGAGGCAAGAGACUCGAAAGAAAGGGAGGACAACAAAAGAAUACAAAGAGAACUGAGAGAGAAACAGAAAGAAGAAGAAAGGAGAAAGCAAGAAGAGGCUGAAUUAUGGAGUUACACGAGACUAAUGAAACCAGAAAAUAUGACAUCUAACAAGGAUGGAAAUGAUUCGGAUGAGUUUAUGUAGCUGUUGAAGCCAGGAGUGAAAACAAGGCAAAACAUUAAGCAGUCAGCUAUUUGAGUUUGUUGUUUAUUGUCAAUUUUCGCUCUUAAACUAUGACAUCCUGUUAUGGAAUUCACCAAAAAUAACAUGUAUAUAUAUAAGUAUAAUCUUUUUUUACUAUUCUAUUUAUUUCUAUUUGUGAUGCCCCAUAGUUCUUCAAAAUUCUGAUAUUUUUAAAAGAUGUUUAUAAAUAUAUUUUUAUCCAGACUUUGAAAGGGGCGAGUAAGGAAAGAUUAAGUUUAUUUAUUACAUUUCCAUUGUGCCUUCCAAAUAAUUAAUUAAUGCCCUUCACUAUAUUGAACAACUUUGUUAAUAUAUUGCCACAUCAUUAUGCUCAGUAUUGGCUUGAUAUUUCUUUAAUGAAAAAGAUUUAGAUGUUUGAAAUUGUGAUAUUUCAUUAUUGGAUAAGAAAAUUUCCAACUGUUGAAACCACACAUCUGGUCCACAAAUUUCUAGAGAAGAUUCACUCAAAAAUUUGACUGGCUUGCGAAGGUGGUUUGAAGAAGAAGAAAAAAAAAA